UAAAUAUAUUUUAAUUUUGAAAAUAACACAUGUUCAAAAUAGAACGUUUCGAGAACAAAGAACCAAAAGAGAAUAAAAAUCCCAUGUAGUCUUACUACCCACAGAUAAGUUACUUUAAAAAAUAAUGAAAGACAAAUGUACAGAAAGGGAUUAAUAAUCCUUAGAUUGUGCACAGUGUCUCACUGAUUCAUGCAAGGCCCUCUUUUAUUUUUACUCAUUAACUUGCCUUUUUAUUUAAUGUUAAUAAUAAUCAUAAAAUUAUUAAAUAAUCAAUAAUGGGAUUUCAAUUACAUAAUGACACCAACCACUACCCAACACACGAGUACUAGGAUAUUAACCAUAAUAUGAAUUCAUGUACAUUGUCCUCCCAUAUUCUGACCCUCUUUCCUCAACCCCAGUGACCAUUAUCUUCAAUUUUUAAAUUUUUUUUGCUUUUUAAUAAAUUAUUUGUAUGCUAUGUGUAUGUAGCCCUAAAUAAUAUAGUGCUUAGUUUUACUUGUUUUUGAAUAAUAUAAAAAGGAUAUCCUACUAUAUGUAGUCUUUUGAGACUUGAUAUCUUAAUAUUCUAGAAGUAAAAUCUACCCAUAUUGUUAUGUGUAGCUGUAGAACAUUCAUAUCAUGACUAUAUAAUAUUUUAUGUGAAAUAUACCAUGAUUUAUCCAUUUUCUUUUUGGGACUUUUACUACUAACAUUUUAGUGUAUAUCUUCUAGUUACUUUCCUGAAGGUAUUUAGUUUUCCUUCUACGAAACAUGAAUAUUAUACAUAUUUUUUGUGACCUAUUUCUCUCACUGAUGGUACCUUAUGAACAUAUUCCCAUUUUGGUAAAUAUUCUUCCAUGGUAUAAAUUUAAAUGACCGCACAGUAUUCCAUUAGAUAGUUACAAUAUAAUUUUCUAACCACCCCAAGUGUUAGACACAUGAUUGCUUGUAAUUUUUUUGCUGUGAUAAACAUUAUGAUGCACAUGGUCUUGUUUGGCUCAGCAACUCUCCUUUUAGAAAUUUAUCCUAAAUAAUAUCCAAACACAUCUGCACACAAAUAUGUACAGGAACACCACAUAGAAUGACACAGUUUGUGUUCUUCACACCUGACAUAAAGUAUGUGCUGAUCACAGAAGUUUUUAUAAUACAAGAAAAUUGGAAGGAACUUAAUGCUCACCAAUAGGACAUGGAGUAAGUAAAUUAUAUAUUAAAAUUAUUACAUAGCUGCACAGUUACUGGCAUAGAAAGUUGUUCACAAUUUAUGGUUAAGUGUAAGAAAGAAAUAGGUUAAAUUGCAGUAUGAUUACAUUUUGUACAAGAAAAUAUGCUAGUAAAAGUGUCUAGAAGAGCAUACAUGAAAAUCCUUACAGUGAUUAUCUCUGGAUACUGAAAUUAUUUGAGAAUUUGUUUUUUUUCACUUUGCUAACAUAUAUUUUGAAGUGUUUCCAACAGUAAAACUUGAUUCCAUGUACAAGAAAAAAGAUGAAUAAAUAAUAGUUUUGUGCACAAUUGUUUAAAUAUUUUUCCUGAAUAGAAAAUACCUGUACAUUGUAAGAACUUAAAAAUAAAAGAAUAUAUAGAAGAAAAUAAAAUCAUACAUAAUCCAACUCAUCCAGUAAUAAUUAGUUUACAGUCCCCAAUACGUUUACUUCUAGUCAUUUGUCACUGAUUAUAUAUUUUAAAAUAGUUGCCAUCACACUUUAUGUAACCUUGUAUGCUGAUUUUUCACUUAACUUACAAAAUGAAUAUGCCAUAGCAUUUUAAUGAAAGAAUAUUCCAUCAUAGGUACAUGGCACAUUUACUUAAUCAUUCUUUUAAUGUUAGACUAAGGUUUUUCUGUUUUUCACUAUACCAUAUAACUAUGUGAGGAGUAUCUUUGUGCGUGAAUUAUCCACACUUUAGAUAAUUUCCUUGGACAGAUUCCUUGAAGUGGAAUAUACUAAACCAAAAAGUACAUUUUUAUAUCCCUUGAUAUAAAUUUUCAAAUAGUACUUCAUAUAUAUUUUAAGGCAAAAUGAGUAGCAGGGAAAAUAAAGAGGUCAAAACAGCUGGGUCCCAUGACUAUUGUUAGCACUCAGAUUAGUAAAACUGAUAUACAAAAAAUCUGAUUUAAGUCACAAAGCUAUAUUGUGAGAACCAAAUGAGAAUAUAGAUUCUUCAGAGUCACAAUAAAUAUUACUUCUUUAGGAAUGCUUUCCUUGAUUUUCCAGACUCUCAGUUACUUUUUCUUCAUGGCCUUAACAAUUGAGAAGUAAUUUUCCAAUUAUCUGUAUGUUGUUUCCCACAGACGAUUUUAAGCUUUAUCAAAACAUGCCUGGCAUAUAGUUAGCGCUCAAUAAAUAUUUGUUGAAUGAAUGAAUGAAUGAGGUGACAGCACUUUGUAAAGUAUAAAUCAUUAGACAUUCAGAAGGUAUUUCUAUUUUAAUUGGCAUUAUUAUUGUUCCUUUUUGUUAUCAUAGAGACGAUUUUAAAUCUUUAGAGAGUCCCUGCCUAACUGUAAAAAUUUAAUUAUGUGCUUUUCGUGCUUUUCAUGCCAGCCAGAAGCAUGGGUAGCAACAUUGCUGAAGGCACCUGGUGGGAGCUGAGACUUAGAGAACCAACUACUUGGUUCUCUAGAUCAGCAUGCUGGGAUUUAAGGAGUUGUAGCUACCAUUAGUCGGAUACAAGGCAGUGGCCAGGAACCCAGGAGGUUGUGAUAUUUGAAGCAGGUAGAUGCUGGAGGUUAGAAACAAAGUAAUGGUAAGUGCUCCACAUAGUAAGGUGCAAACUGGACAAAAGUCAGUAAUAAGGGAUUCAAAUAGACAGAAGAGUUAAAUUCCAAGCACCAGUACUUGAAGCAUGGAGCUAUGAAUAUGAUUCUGAAGCAAAGGGUAAUUGAACUCAGUGCUUCCUUAUAUUCUUCUUGCCAAAACUGAAAAUGGUAUCAGAAAGUGUUUGCACCUACUUCCAUAUACAGGACCAAGGGAAUGUAGUAACUGGUUGGGGAAUAAAAGCUGUGCAUACAAACAGACUCUGGCAGUGACAGGAUCAAGCGAGACCAUUUGUAUAUGGGAUUGUAUAAUAUUCUACACAAAAUGUGGAAGCAAUCAACCUUUGGAUCACAUCAUUCUAUCAUGAUUUUAAACAGCAGAUAUUAUGGCAUAGUGGUUACAAUCAUGGACUCUCACAACAGGCUAACCGGGUUUAAAUCCGGCUCCAUUAUUUAGUAGUUGUGUCCUGUGGACAAAAUUUACUUCACCUCUGUGUGCCAGUUUCCUCAUCUGUAAAAUAGGGAUAAUGAUGGUACCUAACUUCAAUGGGUUGUUGUGAAGAUUAAAUGGAUUAAAUGAGUUAAUGCAUGUAAGGAUCUGAGAACAGUGCCUGGAUGUAGCAAAUGCUAUGUUAAGUGUUGUUGUUGUUGUUAUUAUUAUUAUUAUAUUAUUCUUUGGUCAUGUAAGACCAAUGAUAAAAAUUAAUAUCAUUUAAAAUGGACAAAUAAUACUCUACAUGUUAACUUUACCUAAAAUACCAGUCUUAAACAGGAAUUUUUCUCAUUAAAUAAAAAUUUCACUUAGACCUAAACAUAGUCAACUGUAUAAAAACCAUAAGCACUAGUGAAGUAGUAAAGUUUAUUGCAGCAGUCCUAUCUGUUUAUUCUGCAGAAGUUUUAUUAUGGACAUUAUUUUUAAAAGUUGUAGAGAUUAAACACACAUUUCCUAAUAGUAAAAAACACAAACUGCAGUACUGUUGGUUCAUAAGAUCUGGUCUAUAAGGAGGAAUGUCCCAUUAAAUGUUUCUGAAGCUAAUUCAACUAGAAGCAGAAAUAGUUGAGUUGGAAGAUUUUUCUGUAGAGUGAUUUUAACAUGGGAAGGCUCAGACAGGGGAAGCCUAGAUUUGAAAAGGCCUGGACCUGGGGAAAGGUUGGAAGAUCUGGACUACAGAACAUGUUAGAAUACCUGGAUAUUGCAGACACUGGAAGACCUGAAUGUCAGAAGAUCAGCACACUGGAGACGCUGGAAGACUUGGAUAUUGAGCCAGUUGAUGGAAGACUGGGUAGUUGUUGGAAGACAGGAAGAUGCUAGAAGACACAGAGAUGCUGGAAGACAUGGAGAUGUUGGAAGACGAGCAGAUGCUGGAAGCCCUGGAGAUGCUGGAAGACCUGGAGAUAUAGGAAGACAUGGAUUUGUUGGAAGACGUAGCUUAGUUGGAAGACAUAUAUUUUCUGGAAGACGUGGAUUUUCUGGAAGACAUGGCUUGGUUGGAAGACAUGGAUUUUCUGGAAGACGUACCUUUGUUGGAAGACAUACCUUUGUUGGAAGACGUACCUUUGUUGGAAGACGUACCUUUGUUGGAAGACACAAGUAGGCUGGAAGACAUUAAUUUGAUGGAAGACAUGGCUUUGUUGGAAGACGUGGAUUUGCUGGAAGACACGGAUUUCCCAGAAGACCUGGAUUUUUCGGAAGCUAUGGAUUUGAGGGAAGACAAGGAUUUUCUGGAAGACGUGGACAGUCUGGAAGACAUGGCUUUGUUGGAAGACGUGGAUUUGCUGGAAGACAUGGAUUUCCUGGAAGACCUGGAUUUUUUGGAAGCUAUAGAUUUGAGGGAAGACAAGGAUUUUCUGGAAGACGUGGAUAGUCUGGAAGACCUGGAGGCCAUUGGAAGAUGUGGAUUUUCUGGAAGACAUGGCUUUUUUGGAAGACGUAGAUUUUCAGGAAGACCCAAAUUAUCCGGAAGACCUGGAUUGUUGGGAAGACGUGGAUUUUCUGGAAGACUGGGAGGUUACGGGAAGACAUGGAUUUUCUGGAAGACGUGGAUCUUCAGGAAGACAUAUAUUGGCUGGAAGACCUGGAUUUUUUCCGGAAGAUGUGGAUUGACUGGAAGACCUGGAUUUGGUGGAAGACAUAGAUUUUUCUGGAAGACACUGACUGACUGGAAGACCUGGAUUUCUUUCUGGAAGACACUGAUUGACUGGAAGACCUGGAUUUCUUUCUGGAAGACACUGAUUGACGGGAAGAUCUAGAUUUUUCUGGAAGAACUAGAUUUACUGGAAGACUUGGAUUUGGUGGAAGACACAGAUUUUUCUGGAAGACAUGGAUUAGCUGGAAGAUCUGUAUUUGAUGGAAGACCUUUAAAUUAUUGGAAGACAUGGAUUUUCUGGAAGACGUGGAUUUUCCUGGAAGAUCUGGAUUUGGUGGAAGACCUAUAAUUGCUGGAAGACUGGAUUUGCUGGAAGACUUGAUUUACUGGAAGACUUGGAGCUUCUUGGAAGACAUGGAUUGUCCGGAAGACAUGGAUUGUCUGGAAGAUGUGGAUUUUCUGGAAGCUCAGGAUUAUCUGGAAGACCUUGAGAUUACUGGAAGACUUGAAGUCGCUGGAAGACCCGGAGUUGUUGGAAGACCUUGACACUGGCGCCAUCGGAAACCCUGGACAUUGGAAACAUUGUAAGCACAGGAUAUUGGAGACAUUGCAAGCCUUGGAUUUUGAAGACAUUGGUUACUAUGGACAUUGAUAUUUCUGGAGGCCCUGAACAUUGGGAUAUUGAAUAUUGGAAGUCAUAGACACUGAAAUCUCUGGAAAUUAGAGAUAUUGUAAGUCCUGUACCUUGGAACUCCUAAAUACUGGCAGAUAUAAACAACAGCAUAUGUAGACAUUUAUAAAUCCUAAAAUGAGAAGCCCUGGAUAUUGGGAGACAUUGGUAAGCAUGGAUAUUGACAUAUUUAUGUCAAAAGACAGUUUGGAAGAAUUAAAUUUUAAAGAUGCUGGAUGUCAAGAAUACUGGCAGCCUGGACAAUAUGAGACC